CAUAGAGAACUGGCGUGGUCUGCACACGCUCAACGCUGUGGACAUGGAGCUCUAUACCGGCCUCCAGAAGCUAACCAUCAAGAACUCAGGACUUCGGAGCAUCCAACCCAGAGCCUUUGCCAAGAACCCUCACUUGCGCUAUAUAAACCUGUCGAGUAACCGGCUAACCACACUCUCGUGGCAGCUCUUCCAGACGCUGAGUCUUCGGGAAUUGAGGUUGGAGCAGAACUUCUUCAACUGCAGCUGUGACAUCCGCUGGAUGCAGCUGUGGCAGGAGCAGGGGGAGGCCAAGCUCAACAGCCAGCACCUCUACUGCAUCAGCGCGGACGGCUCCCAGCUGCCCCUCUUCCGCAUGAACAUCAGCCAGUGUGACCUUCCUGAGAUCAGCGUGAGCCAUGUCAACCUGACCGUCCGAGAGGGUGACAAUGCUGUCAUCACUUGUAAUGGCUCUGGAUCACCUCUGCCUGAUGUAGACUGGAUAGUCACUGGACUGCAGUCCAUCAACACCCACCAGACCAAUCUGAACUGGACCAAUGUGCAUGCCAUCAACCUGACGCUGGUAAACGUGACAAGUGAGGACAACGGCUUCACCCUGACGUGCAUUGCAGAGAAUGUGGUGGGCAUGAGCAAUGCCAGCGUAGCCCUCACCGUGCACUACCCACCGCGCGUGGUGAGCCUGGAGGAGCCGGAGCUGCGCCUGGAGCACUGCAUCGAGUUCGUGGUGCGCGGCAACCCGCCGCCCACGCUGCACUGGCUGCACAACGGGCAGCCGCUGCGGGAGUCCAAGAUCACCCACGUGGAGUACUACCAGGAGGGCGAGGUGUCUGAGGGCUGCCUGCUCUUCAACAAGCCCACCCACUACAACAACGGCAACUACACCCUGAUUGCCAAAAACCCGCUGGGCACAGCCAACCAGACCAUCAAUGGCCACUUCCUCAAGGAGCCCUUUCCAGAGAGCACGGAUAACUUUGUCUCUAUCUACGACGUGAGCCCCACGCCCAUCACUGUGACCCACAAACCGGAGGAAGACACUUUUGGGGUAUCCAUAGCUGUCGGACUCGCCGCUUUCGCCUGCGUCCUGUUGGUGGUUCUCUUUAUCAUGAUCAACAAGUAUGGUCGCCGGUCCAAAUUUGGAAUGAAGGGCCCCGUAGCUGUCAUCAGUGGCGAGGAGGACUCAGCCAGCCCUCUCCACCACAUCAACCAUGGCAUCACCACACCCUCGUCGUUGGAUGCCGGGCCAGACACGGUGGUCAUUGGCAUGACCCGGAUCCCUGUCAUUGAGAACCCCCAGUACUUCCGUCAGGGACACAACUGCCACAAGCCAGACACAUGGGUCUUUUCAAACAUAGACAAUCAUGGGAUAUUAAACUUGAAGGACAAUAGAGAUCAUCUAGUCUCAUCAACUCACUAUAUAUAUGAGGAGCCUGAGGUCCAGAGUGGGGAAGUGUCUUACCCAAGGUCACAUGGUUUCAGAGAAAUUAUGUUGAAUCCAAUAAGCCUUCCCGGACAUUCCAAGCCUCUUAACCAUGGCAUCUAUGUUGAGGAUGUCAGUGCUUAUUUCAGCAAAGGACGUCAUGGCUUUUAAAAAAAACUCCUUUUAAGCCUCCCUGUUUUGAUGUCACCUUGGUAGGCUGGGCCCUCUGAGAGGUGGGAAGCUCUAGGCGCUGUUCUCUUUGGAUCCGGGGAUGCUAAGUAGAAACCGCAUGAGCCGCCAGUGCCGCUGCACCCUUGACUGCCACCGAGAUGGGUGUCCUCCCCAUCUGCCACUGGCAGGGUGGCCCUUUCCCUCAGUCAUCACUGUGCUCCUUUUUUCCCCGGCCUCCGGGGCAGCUCCUGCCACCAUCUUUAGAGCCGAUAAAGAGAAUUAAAAACCUGUGCACCAAGAACCAUCUUUUAAACACACUAGCCAUCCUCUUGCUUUACAAAAACAACUCAGCCAACAUGAGAAAGCCUGACGGAAGCCCAGCCGUGCUCCGGCCUCAGUUACCCUGCUUGGAAAGUGGGUCUCCCUAGGAUACCAGGCUGUCCUUAGUGACCUCAUCGCCCUGCAGCCUCCGGUGGGGAAGAGCAGCUAAGCAGAGGUGGAGACCACGCGCUGAGAGAGAGGGAGCCAGGCCCCACUGUGUUGGCGCCAGAUUAGGUCUCAGAGGAAAGAAUGAAAACCAAUCAUUUUCUAUCUAUCUAUAUAUUUUUUGUGGUUUUGGGUUGUUCGUUUGUUUUUUUGUUUUUUUUGGUUUACUUUGGUGGAAAAAAACCAAUACGUUUUUUGGACACCUUUUCCCCUACCUUCCUCUUCUUUCUGGAAUGGCUCACAGUGAGUGUGAUACUAGAAAACUCCUUGGCCCCUAGAUCUGCAGUCCAGACGAGCUUUUGCUGGAGGAGGCUUUGCCCAUCCAUUGGCCGUCCUACCACAAGGGACCGAGGGAGUCAGGGGCCAAGGCCCUUCCUCCGAGUCCCUGAUCCCAGGAUUGGCUCUCUACCCCCACUUUCACUUACUCUUGACUCUGAGAACUUUCGGAACCCAGUGGAAUCACCAUUUCAAGGCCAAGAUGAACUGAAGGGGAAGAGAAGGAAAACUUGGCUUCCUCCAGCCCCUCUCAUGGCACCAGUGGAAGUGUCCUCCUGUUCUCUGGUCAAUAUAUGUGUUUACUUUGCUUGCUUUGACUCAUGCCUUACUCCGUGGCCACUCUCUCCCAAAGAGGGGGUUUGUUUCCCCCCACCCCCUGCCAUUUUCAGCUUGACCCACUCGGGAGCGGGAGAGGGAAAGGGAAAGGGAUGCCUUCCCCCAGCUCUGAUAGGAAAGACAUUGUGGUAGAGCCUGAACCUCUCCCAGACUAGCUGCCAUGUUGGUUGGCCCAGGUGCCUCCACUGUGGGAAGUCAGCACCGGCUGCCCCUUGAGGGGUUGGUGGAGAGCACGAAACAGCGGGUCUCCCGUGGGGAGCUCUUAGGACAAGAUGGUGGUGGCUUUUCACCCCUGAAGUUUUGGGGCGGUGAUGCACAGCAACAGAGAAUAGAUUCUCUGCCUUUGGCAGAUGUAUGCAGGAAUUAAGAUUCCCACUGAAGGUUUUCCUUUUUGCUUCCUAUGGAUGGGGUUCUUUGUGCCCGAGUUCCCAGCCUGAUCCUGCAGAUGCCUCCCGGGGGUUACUUUCUGGGUUCUUGGCCCGUAUCUGGGGUGGCCUCCCAGACACUGUAGCAUCCAGCGUAUCCCGUGGGGGGUUCAGGUUUCCUCCAGGGCCUUGAGAUACGUGUUUUUCCAGCUCCUGCCAGCUUCCCGAUACCCUCCCCACUGACGCUUCCUGUCAGGCUCUUCCCCAUCAUGUCCCGCUGACCCUCUGGGCCAAGGCCUCCUCCCGAGUGUGGCUUUAAGGAGUAAGCUUGAGGACGAUGUUUUUUAAUUAUUGUAAAUCAUUACCUCAUUUCCAGCCUGCCAGGCUCCAUCCACCCCAGCAUCUUUUAUUCUGCCAUUUUCUCACCUUGUGCUAUGACAAUGGGGCGUUGUAUUUCCACAGAGACUUAUAGGAGUGUUCAGUGUAUAGUUUCUUAAUAAACACUUUAUUUUCUAAUGAAA